AUGACGACAGAACGUAACAUAGACUGGAAAACAUGCAUUGCCAUGGGAUCUGUUGCCACUACAAUGUUUACAUUGUAUAAACUAUAUAAACAACAGAAUACCCAGACUCCUAAAGCUGUGUCUGGUGUGGAACAACUGAUAGGGAACACUCCACUGGUUGAAAUUCCAUCUCUAUCAAACCAUACAAAUAGUAAAAUCUAUGCAAAGUUAGAAUUAGCUAAUCCUGCAGGGUCUGCCAAGGAUCGUGUGGCAUUGAAUAUUAUAUUGACAGCAGAGAAACAGGGACUCUUGAUACGAGGUGAGCCCGGGUGGGUCUUUGAAGGUACGAGUGGCUCUACAGGGAUCUCUAUUGCCAUGAUUUGUAACGCAUUAGGUUAUAGAGCACAUAUAUCAUUACCUGAUGAUACAUCAUUAGAGAAAAUGGCAUUGCUAGAGAGUCUUGGCGCCGUUGUGAAUCCAGUGAAGCCUGCUAGUAUUGUUGAUCCUGAUCAAUAUGUGAAUGCUGCAAAGAAAGCAUGUAAUGAGAUGAUAACGAAAAAUGGAGUGAAAGCAGUCUUCGCAGAUCAAUUUGAAAAUGAAGCUAAUUGGCGUGUUCAUUUCGAGACAACAGGCCCCGAAAUCUAUCAGCAAAUGGAUGGUCACAUUGAUGGGUUUAUUGCUGGGUGUGGUACAGGUGGUACAAUCACAGGUGUGGCUCGUUAUUUAAAGGAGAAACGUGGUCUUACACAGUUACAUGUAGUGUUAGGAGACCCCCAGGGAUCUGGAUUCUAUCAUCGGAUCAACCAUGGCGUAAUGUACGAUACUGUGGAGAAAGAAGGUACACGUCGUAGACAUCAAGUAGACACAAUCGUGGAAGGUGUGGGCUUGAAUCGUAUCACUGCAAAUUUCUCCCAUGGUGAGACACGAAUCGAUGAAGCUGUCAGAGUCAGUGAUGAUCAAGCUAUCAAGAUGGCGAAAUAUUUGUCUGUGAACGAUGGGUUGUUUGUUGGUAGUAGUACUGCGAUCAAUGCCGUGGUGGCCGUUAAGGUUGCUGAACAAUUACAAGCUCAAGGGUUAACGUGUCCUAGGAUUGUAAUCAUUGCAUGUGACAGUGGAUCUCGCCAUUUAUCGAAGUUCUGGAAAGUCGCUAAGGAUAUCGAUCGAGACAUCUCACUUGAUGAAGUCAUGCAGGAUUAA